AUGUCUAAUUUUACAAGUCCUAUCUUUACGGAUAUUAACAGUCUUCCUUUCACUAGUAAUGAAAAAGCUGAGCUUCGGGUUUUUUUCACAAACAGAGAUUCGACUAUAGUGGAAAAUGUUCUUUCAACAAUCACAGAAGUUGAAGAGAAAGCUGACUACUUAAGGAUAUAUUUCAAAUCAACAAGAGAUGAACAUCAAGGUAAGCCUAUGCGUCACGCGCCGUAA